AUGAAACCACCAGCCAAAGAAAAGGUCCUGCCCCGCAAAGCUGAAGCCAAAGCGAAGGUCUUGAAAGCUAAGAAGGCAGUGGCGAAAGGUGUCCACGGUCACAAAAGUAAGAUCCGAACGUCACCCACUCUCUGGUGGCCCAAUACCUUGUGGCUCCAGAGGCAUCCAAUAUAUCCUCGAAAGGGUGCACCCACGAGAAACAAGCUUGACCACUAUGCUGUUAUCAAAUUCCCACUGAACACUGAGUCAGCCAUGAAGAAAAGAGAGCACAGCAACACACUUGUGUUCAUUGUGGAUGUCAAGGCCAACAAGCACCAGAUCAAACAGGAGGCCAUGAAGAAACUCUAUGACAUUGAAGUGGCCAAAGUCACUGAUGGAGAGAAGAAGGUGUAUGUUCGCUUGGCUCCUGAUUAUGAUGCCCUAAAUGUUGCCAAGGAGAUUGUGAUCAUCUAA